AUGACCAUCUCCCAGGAGCCAGCAAUCGUGGCAGAGGCCCAGGACUCGAACACACGCCAAGUGUAUGCCAAAGCCCCCAUCAUCGUGUCCGAGUCUGAGGUUGUUGCCACGCCAACGCCCUCGCCAGGGCCUGAUCGAUAUCUUGUAGUGUCGCCCUAUACAGAGCAGCAACAUCUGCUUGACCUCGAUACCCUCGAUACCGAAAACCAACUUCUCGCGCUCGCCCUGACACAAAUGAGGUGCCUGCGGGAUGACUAUGCCACAGCGCCAUACCUUGACACAUUCAACUGGCCCGACAUCAUCGAUACUCUCCGGGCACUUGCCAACCAGAGACAACAUGUAUGGAGGAAAACUUCCUUCUACAUUGUUGCCUUUCGGUCCCGUAUCCCUCCCACGACAAUCUAUGCAGAGCUAGGAACCCUCGACAAAGCAGCCCACGUGGAAGCCACGUCGAGCGGUGGGUUCCUCAAGUAG